AUGUGUCCAUCGGCAGAUACACAUAAACAAACGAUACCUGCUCGUCGAUAUCAAAUUCGAGAAAAAAUAUUUUCACUUGGUGAUAAUUUCAAAAUUAAAAAUGAAAUGGGUCAAGAUGUGUAUACGGUUCGAUCAAAAUUCUUUUCAGUGGAAGGUCUUGAUAUCUUUGCUCAUUCAUUAACAUUCACGAAAGAUGGAAGAAUAGUGACAAUCGUGAGUAAAACAUUUUUUUCAUCAUCUGAUACUUAUGGCGUUGAAAUUGCUGAUGAUGAAGAUCAAGCAUUCAUUUUAGCACUUGCUAUCGUUCUUGAUCAAAUUUAA